AAAAAAAAAAAAACUAAAAAAUUCAGAUAAAAUAAAAAAAAAUUCCCCCUUUUAUAUACCUUCCAAACAACCCCUAUUGUCGAAAGAACACACAAAUCUUGAGGAAGAAGGCGGAGUUUAAAUUUUUGUGUGACAGAUUAUGGGGAGAUGGAGAUGUAGUACGAGUAACAACAGAACUAGUUUUGGAUUCUAUUUGUUCUUGUUCAAUUUCCCAGCUACUUAUAAAUACCACCAACAAUUGGUUUGGUAUUUCAUGUUGUUUUCUGGGAUUUACUAUUGCACGCUAGGUGUUUGAUGAAAUGUCUCAGAAAAGAACUCAAGAUGAUUCUUCUUCUACUUCUGGUUUUGGUUUUGAUAAGGGGAAUUUAGAGGGUUUUCAUAUUCCUGAUGAUAAGCGUCAGAAAAGUAGUCUUCCUUCUUUUAGAAGCGUGGUUCUGGAGGUGAUGAAACAAAAGAGCUUCCAGAAUGCAUUGGAGCCUAUGCUUCGUAGAGUUGUCAAGGAAGAGGUGGAGUCAGCAAUAAGGAAGCAUGUCAUGAAUUUGAAGCGGAAUUCCGAUGAAGAUGUAUUUACUUUUGAAUCAAGAAACCUGCAGCUAAAGUUUUUGAGUACACUCUCUCUUCCGGUGUUCACUGGAACUCGAAUUGAAGGAGAAGAUGGGUCUGCAAUUAAAGUGGUUCUUACAGAUGCUGCUACUAAUGAAGUUGUCCAGAAUGCUCAGGAAUCAUCAGCAAAAGUAGAAAUUGUAGUUCUUGAAGGUGACUUUGAUGGUGAUGAGGGAGAAAACUGGACAUUAGAAGAAUUUAAAAACAACAUUGUGAGAGAACGGGAAGGGAAGAAACCUCUUCUUACAGGAGAUGCAAAUGUCUAUCUGAAAGAGGGCAUUGGUUCUGUUGGUGAAAUAUCUUUUACAGAUAAUUCAAGUUGGACAAGGAGCCGUAGAUUCAGACUAGGGGCAAGAGUGAUUGGAAACUCCGAUGGAGCUAGGAUUAGAGAAGCAAAGACAGAAUCCUUCAUUGUAAGGGAUCAUCGUGGAGAGUUGUAUAAGAAACAUCAUCCCCCAUCUCUGACUGAUGAAGUUUGGCGACUGGAAAAGAUUGGAAAAGAUGGAGCAUUCCACAAACGAUUGAGCAUAGAAAGAGUAAGGUCAGUGAAGGACUUCCUGAUUUUGCUCCAUCUGGAUCCUGCACGGCUCAGGAAUAUUCUGGGCUCUGGUAUGUCUGCCAAGAUGUGGGAAAUAACCAUAGAACAUGCUCGGACAUGUGUACUAGACAACCGAGUAUACUUGUAUUAUUCACCCGUGUCUCAACACAGGAAUGGUGUGGUCUUCAAUGUUGUGGGACAAGUAAUUGGAUUUUACUCGGAAAGCCAGUAUGUUCCCCUUGAUAAGCUAUCUGAAAACGACAAGAUUGAUGCACAAAGAAUGGCAACUGAAGCAUUUCAACACUGGGAUGGAGUGAUCUCAUUUGAAGACAUGAACUCCCUCGUCGGCAUGUCUUCACAAACUGCAAGCCCUCUGAGUACAGAGACUACAGAUAAUAGCAAGGUUUUGAGUUCACAAAGGAUAAACACUAACAGUAUCGAUUAUGCACAAACAAGCAUAUCUUCUCCUGACAAUUUCUCUCCUCUCUAUUCACUGGGAUGCUUGGGCAGCCCAGAUGAUUUUCCGCUGCAUGGUUUAGAUGGUUUAGACCUGAGAUUCGACCAGGCACUUGAUAUCCCGGUUCAAAUCAGUAGUUCCAUGUUCUGCCCCUCUCAUUCCAUGUCACAAGCUUUCCCUGAUGAUGAACAUCUAGGGUUUAUGGACAUUGAUUACCCCACUAUUCAGUCUACAAACAUGGGUUUGGAUUCCCAGACUGAUUUACAGAGUGCAUUUAGUGGCUUUAUAACGCCUCAUUCUCCAGCUCAUGCUGUUAGGGGACAAGCUUACAGAAGGUGGAGAGUUCUUUCGAGUAUUCUAAGAUGGUUUCGGGUUAGGAGGCAAGUGGUUACGAGGAGAACACCCUGCCCCACGAUACAAAGAUAUCGUUAGAUUGAUUGCAAAUACAGGAUCUAGAAGUUCCUUCAGCCGGGACUUCCUGUACUUUCAUUAUGUGGGAGGUUCUGAUGGUUGUAUAUAUCACCCGUAUAUUUUGGCAAAUCCCGAGGGUUAAUAUUGGAGAAAUUAAGAGGUACAUGUUUCGCUUUAUGAUUGGCCAGGACCCGGAAGACGGUGAUCUUAGGGGCAGUUUUUCCUACAGUGGCGACUGGCGAGACGGGAUUUUGUAAAUAUUGAAGCCCUAUUCCGAAAACUCAGGUUUAAAAAUCAGGUGCUGUGAUUGAAGUCACAAUCUUUUGAGCUAGUACUUUGUAUAGAAGCAUUUCUAUGAGUAGCAGAGCCCGCUGAGCGUUGUGUUUAAGUCGAGGCUCACAGUAAGAUGAAAAAACAAUAAUUGCUUCAUAUUGAUCAGAGUUCAAAGAUGAAGAUGAGUAGCUAAGUUUUUGUUUAUGCAGUAAUUUUUUUAUAUAACAUGAUCUCUACUAUAUUCUUGUC